AUGACAUGUCAUAAUAAUAGUUGUAUACCGUGGAAGACAUUGGUGGAAUGUGAUCAUCUAAAGAGUGUGGUAAUGGCCGAGAAGAGGGAAGUUGCACAAAGCAAAGCGUAUCAAGAGUUCUUGGACACUUAUAGGGCAAAGAUAACCACCUUUAUUAAAUCGUUGAUGGAGACAAUCGAGUUGGUCGAGAUGUCUGAACGCAAGAAAUACACAAAGAAGGAGUUGUAUAUGGUGACGAUGGUGUACGACGACAAAGACUGUCACAACGAGGACCAACUAAAUAAAUGGGAUCGAUCAUACGUUCGGUCUAGAAACAGUGCACCUUCACCUCUCCACCCCGGUAACGCUACACAAUACAUGUCGUAUUGGGAAGGUGAUGAAUGGAAACAACAAAACUACACACAGUUUGCAGUCGAGUCGAGUAUCAUUAAAUUGUUAUGGUACCGAAACAAAAUGACUAAUAUCUUGGCAAUGAUUGGUCGUGGCGUCAGACUCCAAAUACUAGAUAGUUUAGUUGAUUUUAAAGGAUCGUUUGGAUUAAGAGAUAUUAUGAGAGAUGCACUUAGAAUGUAUAUCUAUGUCAACUUUCAUAUUGCAGCUGGUACAGUCAACAAGAAAGUAAUUGAUCCUAAAACAGGCGAGUUGGUAUUACCAAUAUUCAAAAACACCCUACUCGACAAAGGUAUUAGGUUUAGAAUAUUCGAUUCAUUCCUCGUUAAAAGAGACGAUGUGUCAGUGAAGCUAUCAGAGGACUAUAAGACAGACAAUAAUAUAUCCAAACUAGCAUUUAGAAUAUUAUAUCAGUACAGUAUGAUGUCAAGAGAAUGGGGUCGACAUAUCAACUGGUUUGAUGAAAUCCAAACUGCUCUUCUCUAUGAUUAUUCAUUCCUACUAAAUCAAUGGUAUUGGAUAGAUGAAGAAGAAGAUGAAGAUAAUAAAUAUUAUUAA